AUGCUAUUUCGACAAAUACAGCAAAACGGUUUCACUAGCUUUUGGAAUAUAAGUGAACCGAAAAGUAUGACUGAGAAUAUCAACGGUAUUAAAAAUUCCUUCAACCAAUCAAUACCAUCUUGUCUACAACCUUUAUCGUUGAAUACUCUGAAUACUGUAUUUCCUCAGGAAUUGUGCAUGUAUAAAGCUCCAUCUUUUCCAGUAGCAGCUCCAGCCUACAAUCCUGCAUUACGUUCACUAAGCGAAUCACUUCUAUGCUCGAACUCAAAAUUCUUUCAUACCAAAGAGAAUGACACCUCCAACCAAUCGACAUCAGCGUAUAAAACAUUUUACGAGAAUUGGUUACACUACUUCCUUCUACUGGUUCAACAGAACAACUUAAACAGUAAUAUAAAAUCUGUUGAAGAGCUUCAGAAACACCUUGAAGUUGACAGUCAUCAGAGGCAGAUGAUGAUCAAGACAGAAUAUUCAAGUAAAGAAGUUUCAUGUAGUGAUUGGCUUUCAGCAGACUUCCCAACUAUACCAACCAGUGUUACGAAGAUUGAUAACUUAUUGAAUAAAAAUAAUGUCAAUACCGUUUUGAACCCAGAAUAUCAAUGUGAAGAAAGUUUAAACCAAGAUGAAUCUACCUUAUCACAUACGAAGGAUGGUCUACUAAUGAAUAACCAAUCAAUAACAUACGAUUCUGAAAGUGAAACUGAGUCACUGUCGUCGACUUUAAAUGAAAACUUGGCAGACCUAGAUAACGCUUCACAUGAACAAAUGGAUGAUGAAUCUAUACACACCUCGUCAAAAUCACAAAGACUAAAAUCUAUGAUACAAGAAAAAGAAGAUGGCGUUUCGUUGAGUGAAGAUUUGGAAGAAAUAUAUCAAUUCGCACAUUUGUUUAAAUUACGUAGACUUAGCUUAGGCUUAACACAAACACAAGUAGGCGCUUCAUUGAAUGCAAAAGAAGGACCUGCGUACAGUCAAAGUGCUAUCUGCCGAUUUGAAAAACUUGAUGUGACCCUAAAGUCUGCUAAACGAAUGAAACCAGUCCUAGAACGGUGGUUAUCUGAAACCGAAGCAAUGCAUACUAAUGGUACAAAUGAUUCGUUUGGUGCUCAACUGAUUCACCGACCACCAAGAAAGCGGAAACGUCGAACGUGUUUCAGUACCAGAGCGCUCAACUGUUUGUUACACCAACUGGAAAAGAAUCCUUACCCAACAAAAGCCGAAAUGACAGAAUUGGCCAAAGCUUUAACAUAUGAUCGAGAGGUUAUUCGCGUCUGGUUUUGCAACAGGCGUCAAGCAAUCAAAACGACAGAAAAACAUCCAAAAUCCGUCCAGUCCUAA